AUGUACACUCUGACUCUGCGACUUCAUGAAGAAUUGGGAGCAGAUCAUUUUUAAUCAUUAGGGAUGCUAAUGGUUUCUAAGCGACGGAGCAGAUUUGGCCGUACCUGUAUUGCUUAGUUUCGCCAGAAGCAUACUUGACCCUAUAUAUUUCAUAGCAUUUCAGUUCUUACACUACAAAUAUCGCCGAUAAUUUACAAAAACUUUUUUUUNUUUUUUUUAGUUCUCUCCAAACGAGCAUCAAUUAAGCUUGGAGAAGUAGUGGCUAUAAUAAGGUUCUGUAUAGAAUCUACCCGAUUUGGUGGAACGCCGAGCAAACCAGAUCCAUGUCGAGGCAGUGGUCGAAGGAUCCUCAUUCGAAGCACUCCAAUACGGGAAGCAUCUUCUCAGAAUAUGGGGCACAGUUCACGAUAACACGGGAUAUCUAUUUUUGGACGACUAAUGGAAGUGCUAGUCCAGAAUAG